AUGACUAGCAACCUUUCCCAAGAUAUUGUACAGCUCUGCUAUGAGAAUGUGAAUAGACCUUGUAUUAAAACCCGCUACUUGUCUGGAUCUCGGGUGAUUCUGUACGCAGUGUUUGGCUUUGGGUCUUUAUUGGCUGGAUUCGGAAACUUCUUGGUGAUGACUUCAGUUCUUUAUUUCAAGCAGGUGCAUCCUCCAGCCAAUUUCUUGAUCAACUCUUUGGCCUGCGCUGACUUUCUGGCGGGCGUGACUGUGAUGCGCUUCAGCACGGUCAGGUCCGUGGAGAGCUGCUGGUACUUUGGAGCCAGAUUUUGUGCCCUUUACAGCUGCUGUGAUGUGGCAUUUUGUUACUCUUCCCUCUUCCACUUGAGCUUCAUCUCCACUGAAAGGCACAUUGCUGUUACUGACCCUCUGGUCUAUCCCACCAAGUUCACAGUGUCUGUGUCAGGGAUAUACAUCAGCAUCUCCUGGAUCCUGCCCUUUACUUACAGUGGUGUCGACUUCUACACAGGUGCCUAUGAUGAUGGGCUAGAAGAAUUAUCUAGUGCCCUCAACUGUAUAGGAGGUUGUCAGACAGUUGUAAAUCAAAACUGGAUGUUGAUAGAUUUUCUAUUCUUCUUUAUAACCACCCUUGUUGCAAUGAUUCUCUAUGACAAUAUUUUUCUUGUGGCUAGACAACAGGCUAAAAUGAUUGAAAAUACUGGUGGCAAGACAGAAUCAUCAUCAGACAGUUAUAAAUCCAGAGUAGCCAAGAAAGCAGCUAAAGCCCUGGGUAUCACGGUCAUAACAUUUAUGAUUUAAUGGUCAUAUAGUACUGGAUCAUUAAUUGAUGCCUUUAUGGGUUUCCCAACCCCUGCCUAUAUUUAUGAGAUUUGGUGUAGGUGGGCUUAUUAUAAUUCAGCCAUGAACCCCUUGCUUUAUGCUUUAUUUUACCCAUGGUUUAAGAAAGCCAUCAAAGUUUUUGUGAGUGGUCGGGUUUUCAAGAACAGUUCUGCAAGCAUGAAUUUGUUCUCUGAAAAAAUAUAA